AAAACGUAAGAGGACUGGUUUGCAUUUCAGAGCCUGGCAGAAGGGUGCUGCUACUUUACAAUGGCUUGGUCUGUGCUAGUACCUGGUAGUUCUCAUUUGUGAUAUGCUGUAGCUAAUGCCCAAAAAAGGGACUCCUUCCUCCAGGGGCAGCAGGCAGUGCAGUAAGAGUGGGUGAGUGACCUGUCCUUCUGCCUGUCAGGCUAUAAAAUGCACCCUAAGAAUGUGCCCCGCUAUAAAGGCUAAGGAACGUUGCAAAAUAUAAAGGGAGAGUGGGGGAGCCAGAUUUUGCAUCUUCAGUGGCAGCUCUGGUUGCCUAUUCCACGGGCUGGGCCCUUGCUCCCCCUUCUCUCUGACCCUGUAGAACUGCCUCUUUAAAAAGCCUGGCAGCUGUCUCCUGUUAUUUACAUAACCACGCGAGAUGUUCGUAAGGGGGGGGGGAGGAAACUCCGCGAGACUGAAGAGAGCGUUUCAAUUGUGGCGCGAGAUACAGUUGGCGCGCGGCGCCUGCCCGCGAGGGGGGAGACGGGACGGCCUGGCGCAGCCUAACCGGCUAGGGUGUGGGGAGGGGCGGGCGUUUAGGGCAUGGGCCAAUCGGCGUUGAGGCCGGCCGGCUGCGAGCCAAUAAUUUGGGAGGAGAGGGCGGGCCGGUCGGAGCGGAGGGAGUGUUAGGGUGAGAGGUCUCAUUGAUUCGGUGGCUGAAGACCGAGCGUCGCCCCCGCUGGCUCGGCCCCAACUUGUGGCUGAGAGCCGCCGCCAUGUGGAUCCAGGUGCGCACCAUGGAUGGCAAGGAGACCCACCGGGUGGACUCGCUCUCCAAACUCACCAAGGUGGAAGAACUGCGGCUGAGGAUACAUGAGGUGUUCGGCGACGGCGUGGAACCCGACAGGCAAAGGCUCUUCUACCGGGGCAAACAGAUGGAAGAUGGGCACUCCCUCUUUGACUACAAUGUUGGAUUGAAUGAUAUUGUUCAGCUACUUGUAAGACAGAGCCCUGCUAUGCUUCCUACUGUUAAUAAAGAGAAGGACUUGGAACUCUCAGAUACAGACUCUGGCUGCGGCUCAGGCCAGAGUGAGUCUGAUAAGAACUCCAACAAUGGAGAGGGUGCAAUAGAGUUGGAGUGUCAGCCUAGUACAGUAGCACAGGCUGACUGGGUUGAUCCGGGAUUUGGACUCUAUAAGAUCAACGAGUUUGUAGAUGCUCGGGAUAUGAACAUGGGAGCAUGGUUUGAAGCCCAGAUUGUAAAUGUGACCAGGAAAGAGAAGGCAACAAAUGAAUCAAGUGAUAGUGAUACAGAGUCUGAACUGCAAUCAACUGCUGCUGAAGAAGAUAUCCUAUAUCAUGUGAAAUAUGAAGACUACCCAGAGAAUGGAGUUGUAGAGCUGAGUUCAAAAGAUGUACGUACUCGUGCACGGACUGUUUUGGAGUGGCACCAACUAGAAGUAGGGCAAGUGGUGAUGGUCAACUAUAAUCCUGAUGAACCAAAAGAGAGAGGUUUUUGGUAUGAUGCAGAGAUUCUGCGAAAACGAGAAACCAGAAUGAACAAGGAGAUGUAUGCAAAGAUACUGCUUGGGGAUGCUGGUGAUUCCUUGAAUGACUGCAGAAUUAUUUUUGUGGAUGAAAUUUACAAAAUUGAAGAACCUGGUAGUGUUAGUCCAGCUAGCACCAGCCCAUUAAAAAGGCAGAGUGGACCAGUAUGUAAACAUUGUAAAGACAACCCAAACAAGACCUGCAGGAUGUGUGCUUGUCAUGUGUGUGGAGGUAAACAGGAUCCAGAUAAACAGCUAAUGUGUGAUGAGUGUGACAUGGCUUUCCACAUCUAUUGCCUCAACCCUCCCCUCAGUAGCAUACCAGAUGAUGAGGACUGGUAUUGCCCUGAAUGUCGGAAUGAUGCAAGUGAAGUGGUUUUAGCGGGAGAGAAGUUAAAAGAAAGUAAAAAGAAGGCAAAGAUGGCAUCUGCUAAUUCAUCCUCUCAGAGAGACUGGGGCAAGGGUAUGGCAUGUGUGGGUCGCACGAGGGAAUGUACCAUUGUCCCCUCUAACCACUAUGGACCAAUUCCUGGGGUUCCAGUUGGCACCAUGUGGAAAUUCAGAGUCCAGGUGAGUGAAUCUGGUGUUCACAGGCCCCAUGUAGCAGGUAUACAUGGCAGGAGCAAUGAUGGUGCUUACUCCCUCGUCCUGGCAGGAGGUUAUGAAGACGAUAUAGAUCAUGGAAAUUCUUUCACUUACACGGGGAGUGGAGGUCGUGAUCUUUCUGGAAACAAACGUACGGCGGAACAAUCUUGUGAUCAAAAACUAACCAACAUGAACAGAGCUCUGGCUCUGAACUGCAGUGCCCCUAUCAAUGAUAAAGAUGGAGCAGAGGCCAAGGAUUGGAGAGCUGGGAAGCCAGUCAGGGUGGUGAGGAAUGUAAAGGGAGGCAAACACAGCAAAUAUGCUCCUCGAGAGGGAAACAGAUAUGAUGGAAUAUACAAGGUUGUGAAAUAUUGGCCCGAGACGGGGAAAUCUGGCUUUUUAGUGUGGCGUUACCUACUUAGGAGAGAUGAUGAGGAGCCUGCCCCCUGGACCAAGGAAGGGAAGGACAGGAUGAAAAAGCUUGGCCUAACAAUGCAGUAUCCUGAAGGGUAUUUGGAAGCUGUUGCAAACAAAGAUAAGGAGAAAGAAAAUAAGAGAGGUGAUGAAGAGUGUGAAACACCAGGGAAGGGAAAGAGGAAAAGGAAAUCAGCAGGUGAUGAGAUAAAGCUCCCCACCUCUCCUAGAGGGACUCCAAAGAAGACUAAAGUUGAGCCGUACAAGCUGACAUCCCAGCAAAAGGCCCUUAUUAAAGAUGAUGAAUCCAACGAAAAACUAUGGAAUGAAGUACUAGAAGCUCUCAAGGAUGGACCGAAAUUCCUGAAUAAAGUGGAAGAAACCUUCCUGUGUAUUUGCUGUCAGGAGGUGGUAUUUCGGCCAGUCACAACAGUGUGCCAGCAUAACGUGUGCAAGGAUUGUUUGGAUCGAUCCUUCAGAGCAGACGUGUAUAGUUGUCCAGCUUGUCGCUAUGAUCUUGGCAAAAACUAUACUAUGCAGGUGAACGAAACGCUGCAGGCCCUCCUAACUCAGCUCUUCCCUGGUUAUGGCAAUGGACGGUGAUUCUGUAAAGCACUUCUAACUUCCUUUUGUUUAAACUUGUUAUUGGGUUUUCAGUGGGCUUAAUUUAAAGAAAUAGUCUCCCUUCCUGAAAAAAGUUUUAAGUCUUCCUUGUUAUAAAAUCUAUAAACUUUGCGAAAUCUUUUGUAUGUUUGUGGGUAUUUUAUUUUUGUUUAAAUGUUGGAUUUUGCGUUCCUUUUCCCCCUGAAACCUGCCGUUCAUCAGCACAGGUUUUUUUUUUUUAAAUGGAUUACAAACUGCUUCCGGUAAGGCUGCUAAAGUUCAUGACACAGUUCUCAAUGUUCCCUUUAUUUUUCUUUUAUUCAGAAAAUGGCUUAUUUGCUUAGAACAAUCUUUAUGAAGUCUAUGGAUUUGGCCAUAAAAGUAGAUCUGGGUAUCUCCAAGGCAGCAUUUUGAUGCUCCAGUUGUACAAGAUGGUUCCUGGCAUAUGACCUGUGACCCAGGUUGUUUUGUGGUAACCUUUUUUCCCCCUUGUGCUUGUAUCAAAUUUUAUUAAAAGCCAUUCCCCACCAGUUUUGUCCACAAAAAGCCUUCAUGCAUUAGCCAAGUAGUUGGGGCAAUAAGAACUACUACCUCAGUUGGACUUGUCUCUUACUUAGGGAACUAUUUGUUCAGCCAGGUGCUGUCUUCUAUCCAGAAUGCCAUAGUAGAACAUACUAAAGCCAUUUUUAAGUGCCUUUGGUCCUUUAUGGGAAAGACAGGGGUCUGAAUUGCCAAUUUUUUUAAAGCACUGUAAUGUUUAAAUUGCCAGCCGGAUUUCUUUUGGGUAAAAGUAACACUGUAGCUGUAUGUCAUUAGUGUGGAGUUGCAAAUUUUAAGGUUUUUUUCCUGAUGCUAGAUGUAUUAUCGUAACAUGCAUUUACUUUUUCACUGCAUUUCUAUCUGGAAAUGAAGAAUAAGUUUUUGAAUAAUUGUAAUUAAACAUCUUAUGAUGAUUGUACAUGAGACCAGGAAACCUUAAUUUUGUGAACAGAAUGUCUUUUCCUAACAGUACCAAAGUUAGCAGUUUAAUACCUCAACAUACCAGGGACUUUUUUUAAUUACACUUUACUGCACACAGAC